GAGCCGCACUGCCACCCCCUCCUCCUCCUCCUCCUCCUCCUCCUCCUCAUACCGACAGGAGACCAGCAGCAGAGCCGGGCCGGGCGUCCAGAUGAGGGACCCGAGCCGCGGGGCGCAGCAGACGGAGGACACCUGGAGGUGGAGGCGCAGCAGCAGAACCAUGAUCGCUCCCAGCAGGAGGUGGCACUAGGCUGCAGGCAGGUGAGAGGAGCCGACGGCUCCAGAAAAGACUAGGAGACGACUGAAGUCCAGCGUAGCUGAGAGAUGGACAAUCAGGACAAAGGAGGAGGAGAAGGAGGCGAGAAGAAGGAGGAGGUGGAGGACGAAGACAAGCAGACCAAAGACAAGCUGGAGAAGGAGGGCGAGGGGAAGGAGCGGCGGCGGCAGAACCGGCGGCUGUGGCGCAGCGGCUGGGCGCUGACGGAGCGUCUGGCCAUCAACGUGUCCGGGAUGCGCUACGAGACGCAGCUCCGCACGCUGGCCCAGUUCCCCGACUCGCUGCUGGGCGACCCCCGGCGCCGCCUGCGCUACUUCGACCCGCUGCGCAACGAGCUCUUCCUGGACCGGAACCGCGUCUGUUUCGACGCCAUCCUCUACUUCUACCAGUCCGGCGGGCGGCUGCGGAGACCAGCCAACAUCCCGCUGGACAUGUUCCUGGAGGAGCUGCGCUUCUACGAGCUGGGCGAGGAGAUCAUCGAGCGCUUCAAGGCGGAUGAGGGCUUCGCCAAGGAGGAGGAGAGGCCCCUGCCCACCGAGAAGUGGCAGCAGCGCAUCUGGAUGCUGUUCGAGUUCCCCGAGUCGUCCGGCGGCGCUCGGAUCAUCGCCAUCAUCAGCGUCAUGGUCAUCGUCAUCUCCAUCCUGAUCUUCUGCCUGGAGACUCUGCCGGACUUCAGGAUGGAGAAGGAGCGGCGAGAGCAAUACACCACCAUACCUCACCCCAGCAUCCCCAACGAAACCAUCACCAUCCCGCCGGGGUUCACGCCCUUCCAGGACCCGUUCUUCAUCGUGGAGACCAUCUGCAUCUGCUGGUUCUCCUUCGAGCUGGUCAUGCGCUUCAUCUCCGCCCCCAGCAAGCUGCACUUCUUCAAGGACAUCAUGAACAUCAUCGACUUCCUGGCCAUCAUGCCGUACUUCGUCACGCUGGGCACGGAGCUGGCCAAGGACAAGGGCACGCAGCCGUCCGUGUCCCUGGCUCUGAUCAGGGUCAUCAGGCUGGUCAGGGUCUUCAGGAUCUUCAAGCUCUCCCGCCACUCCAAGGGUCUGCAGAUCCUGGGCCAGACGCUGAAGGCCAGCCUGCGAGAGCUUGCCCUGCUCAUCUUCUUCCUCUUCAUUGGCGUCAUUUUGUUCUCCAGCGCCGUCUACUUUGCGGAGGUGGACAACGCCGAGAGCUACUUCUCAAGCAUCCCCGAGUCCUUCUGGUGGGCGGUGGUGACCAUGACCACGGUGGGCUACGGCGACAUGUGUCCGGUGACGGUCGUGGGGAAGCUGGUGGGCUCCAUGUGCGCCAUCGCCGGCGUGCUCACCAUCUCCCUGCCGGUGCCCGUCAUCGUGUCCAACUUCAGCUACUUCUACCACCGCGAGAUGGAGUGCGAGGACACCAAGGAGUACCACCACGUCGCCACGUCCGUGUGGGAAAAGGACGGCGAGGACGACGAGGAGGAGGACGACGAGGACGGGUCGGAGGAGGUGCCCGAAUACACGGGGGACUGCCUGCCUCUGUACGGGGACAAGAGGGCGAUCUGCCCUCCGCUGAACGGGACUCUUCUGGCCGGGCUUUGCGCCGGACAGGCGACGGGAGACCUGAGAGGACUGAACUUCUACCUCAGAGAACCUCUGGUCACGCAGGUCUGACGGAUGGCCGGCAGCCAAGACGCUGAGACGUCAGGGUCGGGGAGGAACGAGGCAGGACACCACGGCGUCGGCUCUGGACAGGCGGAGACGGGAACUGGACAGUUUGAGGCUUCUGUGCAUUUUUAUUUGACUUUCAGUAAAUGUCCCAACAAAUGGACAGAACUCUUCGACCGACCUGGGAAAGUUUCCAGAUCCCUCAAAAUCUUCCUUGUCCAUCUCAGAUUGAAUAUACUCGCCAGUUUAUCCGAACUUCUUCAGAAGUGUCUCACAGUUUGGGAGGACCUCAUUCUUCCCCGAGGCUGAAGAGAUACGCAGCAACAGUUUUUCUUUGCCUGUAAUUCAUCGAAGAAAUGAUAAGAGUCAUAAAUUCAGCCACAUGUGAUCAUGCUAUUUAAAUUUUUUUGGGUAACUGAUUGGAGAAACCUGGAAGCAGGUUUAAAUAAAUUACCACUCUACAUGUGAUUAAACACCUUUCCAGCUGGACAGAGGACUAUGUGAUGGAUCUGAAAGACACUCUUUAAAUAAAGAAUAUAUAUGUUUUCUGGGAUAUGUGUUUGUGGGAAGCGGAGUUGGAUAUCUGGCAUGUGAAUGCAGUUAGAAAUACAAGUCUUAAAUGUAAAAAUGAUCAUUUUACGAGAGAAACCGGAGCAACUUUGA